GCUGCCUUUUAUUUUACUACACUUCUUGGAUUUCCGGCAGUGGUUCAUUCAAGACCAAACACAUCCCUGCGGUUUCCAUGCUGGUUACUAAAAGCUUCGAUUUGCAGAGCCUCAGGCGGGUACAGCCCGGACUGGGGGAGGCUUAUAAAAGCCGCAGAGGCCUCAGAGAGCAGGACAAAGGAAGAGGGCGACCUGGCGGGACCUGUCCUCCGAGAGGCUGCAGGAGAGCGUCCCAGCCGGGGAAGCCACCGAACUGGGAGCGGCGCGCAGGGCAGGUUGCUCUGCCCCGGGAGGUGCCUCAUGGACGCCCUGCUGCCCUUUGCUCUCCUGCUGGCUGUGUGGAGCCUCCCCUUCUCCUCCUCCUCCUCCUCCUCCUUCCCCCACCACCUGGUCCGGCUGAGCUCCAGGCGCAGCAACUGCAAGCCGGUGCCCACCAGCAUGAGCCUGUGCCAUGGGGUGGGCUACAGCGAGAUGCGCCUGCCCAACCUUCUCGGCCACGACACCAUGAAGGAGGCCCUGCAGCAAGCAGCUUCCUGGGUGCCCCUGCUGACCAAGCAGUGCCACCGCGACACCAAGAAGUUCCUCUGCUCCCUCUUUGCCCCCGUGUGCGUUAGCGAGGUGGAGGAGCCCAUCUUUCCCUGCAGGUCCCUCUGCGAGAACGUCAGAGAUGGCUGCACCCCUGUCAUGGCUGCCUUUGGCUUCCCCUGGCCGGAGAUGCUGAACUGCAGCCGGUUCCCCCAGGGGAACGAACUCUGCAUCCCCCCUGCUGGCCCCGAGGACAGGCUGCCGGUCCUGAGGGAAGACGCAGUGUGCGCAGCCUGUCUUGACAAGGGGCAGAGUGAGAAGGAAUUCUUGGACAAUGUCUGCAGCCAGGAUUUUGCGCUGAAAAUGAUCAUUAAAUCCUUGUCCGGCGUUGAAGGGGAUCUACAGGUAGUCCCAGAAAGCAAAGGCCGCACUCUGUACAAACAGAACGGCUGGUCAGAAGAGGAGCGGAAGAAGCCAGUUCUGUGGCUGGCGAACGGAGAGGCCUGUUCCUGCAAGGAGCUGGCGGGGCCGGGUUCCGUGGUCCUCGCCAUGGGGCACAGGGUUGCUGGCCGGCUCGUCAUCUUGUGGGUCAGGAAGUGGAGGCACGGCGAGAAGGAGAUGAAGAAGUUCUCCAGGGCCGUGCGGAAGCUGCAGUGUUAGAGGCGACGUCCUUUCCCAUUCAGACCGAGAAACUUCUCCGCUUUCCUCCUGGCCCCUUCUCGUCAAUAAUGCCUCCGUAUCUUUGAACGACCACUACAGAAGGAAAAGAAACCACAGAAAGAAACCACGGAAAGGAACCAUGACUACAUAUGUUCCUCUUUUUUUUUUUCUUGGAGGGGGGAGUAUGAGGAACCCCCUCCCCGUCCACAACGAGUUUCCACAAAAUCUGCAUAGUCAAGAAGGCAGCGAUGGACAGGAAGAAGGACAAGAAUCUCUCCGAGAGAGGGUGGCGUUUCCUAGUCCAAUAAUUAGGGUGUGUGUGUGUGUGUUUCCUUUCUGAAGGACAGGUUGGUUUUUGGCUCAUGGAUACUUCGAGCUCCUUGAGAUUAAAACAAAGCGACGCCGAGGAGAAAGAUCCAGUUGCAACUGAGAGCGCAGGAAAUUCGGGGGGUGGCGGGUGGGUCGCCUUUGCACCUCAUCAGUAGGACGUUUUUAUCCUGCCUCUUCCUCCAAGGAACAUCUUCUCCCUUCUUCUCCCUUCCCCGUUUUAUCCUCACAGUGACUCCUAGAGGUAGGCUAAGCAAGGUUACCCACUCAGCUUCACAGCAGAGGCGAGAUCUGAACCUGGGUUUUGUGGACCUUAGUCCGUCACUCCAGCCACUACAGUUCACUGGUUGUAACCAUUACACCACAUUGUCUUGCCUUCUCCUAUCCGCACCUCUUGUGCAAGGGAGGGGACUGCAUAUGAGGACAUGGAGUUCAGGCUCUGACAGCAGUCUCUGUGCUUGUGGGGUUAUCCUGAUGUCGGGAGGAGAGAACGACACAUCGGCCUUCCUAACACCAAAGCCCCUUUAUCCCUCUUGUGCGUCUUGAACACUUUUUAUACUUUUGCAAAAUAUACAAUGUGUUUGUGAUGUGUAAGGCAUUAAUUUCUGGAGGGUGCAGAUCUCGUUUCCAUAUUAAUCAUUUUUAAGAGCUGGGGAAAAAACCUUUUCUUCCUGUGAUGUCUUUUGUGUGUGCAUCACCUCUGACUAAAUAGGUUUUGCCUGUUUUAGAAACUAUACCAAAACCUGCUCUCCUGUUUGACCAAAAGCAAAAGAGUGAGAUAAGAACACACAGCGAUCUCUCUUUCACACGGCCUUUAACCUUCUGGAAAAUAUAUCAAAGAAUGCCACUGAUGGCUGCGAUGUCCCUGAAAUCUUAUAUUGUACAUUCUGGCAGUUGCAUUUUACUGCUGUUUUGUUAUUAAUUAGGUUUAAUUAAAAGACACUUUCUUCA